GUUGAGCACAGAUGGCGGUGUGUUUGGUGGGGAUUGUCACUUUGUUUCUCCGACUCGUCGCUGUUUGGCGAAUGCGCUGCGUGCAGUAGUGAAAAACAAAAAAAGCUUGAAAAAUGGACGAACUAGCGGUGGAAGUUUGUGGCGAAAAUGGAGCAUAUUAUAAGGGUGUUGUCACAGACGUCUUCGACGAUGGUGUCAAGGUUGCUUUCGAAGAGGACUGGCAAGAAGAAUCGAAAUUUCACUUCAAUCUCGUACGUUUUCCACCCGCCGAAGCGACAACCCUGCCACAGUUAGCCGAAGGAAUGGAAGUUGAGGUUUACUCGAGAUCCAACGAACGGGAAGCCUGUGGCUGGUGGAUGGCAUCAAUAAAGAUGAUCAAGGGCACCUUCCAUGUUGUUGAAUAUCUCGGUUGGGAUCACAGUUAUACAGAAAUUGUUCCGGUGGAUAGAUUGAGAUUGAAAAAUACCAACCCGCCCAUCAAUGCCAAAACCUUUCAUCGAUUCGAAAUUGAUGUGCCGGAAGAUCUUAGGGAUUAUGCCAAAGUUGAGGGUGUAGACAAGGAAUUUCAGAAAGCUGUACGUGCACUCGUAUGUCGCUAUGUCCCCGAACGUGGUAUCUACAAGUUUAUCUCGAAGAAUGAAAUGUCACAGAAACGAGCCCUAAUGAUGCAGGAUAUGCACUUCCGGAAUCUGAGUCAAAAGGUAACACUGCUUAAACGAACGGAAGAAGCUGCAAGACAACUGGAAUCGACUAAAUUACACAAUUCUGGAGGAUAUUCGGAUGAAUUCAGAGUACGUGAAGAUUUGAUGGGUCUUGCGAUUGGAGCACACGGUACUAAUAUUCAGACAGCACGAAAAUUGGAUGGUGUUCUUCACGUGGAACUCGAGGAGAAUACAUGUACAUUUAAGAUAUUUGGCGAUUCGGACGAGGCUGUUAAAAAGGCACGAUCCCUGCUGGAAUAUAGUGAAGAGUCCAUCCAAGUACCGCGUAGUCUAGUUGGCAAGGUGAUCGGCAAGAAUGGUCGCAUAAUCCAGGAGAUUGUUGAUAAGAGUGGUGUUGUACGAGUGAAAAUUGCGGGGGACAAUGACACGCAACAGAGUAUUCCCCGAGAGGAAGGUCAAGUUCCUUUUGUCUUCGUGGGUAUCGUGGAAAAUAUUGCCAAUGCCAAGGUACUCUUGGAAUACCACUUACAGCAUCUGAAGGAAGUCGAACAACUGCGCCAGGAGAAAUUGGAGAUUGAUCAGCAAUUGCGAGCACUGCAGGGUUCAUCGAUUGGUUCAAUGCAGAGCUACCCAUCAUCUCGACGAUCUGAACGUGGCUACAGCAGUGAUAUGGACUCGAUGAAUCGUUCUGGACGCGGUGCUCCACGUGGUGGACGUUUACGUGGCCGUGGAAAUCCACGAUUUCAUCCAUCUGAUUCGAGACGCCGCGAAAAUGCUGACGAUGACUAUCACUCACGUGGUGAUCACAAACGCAACUACAUGGAUGGCAGCGGUGCUGAGGGUGGCAGCCGAAGUGGCGGCGGUGGCGGCAGUAGCCGCGGCGGUAGUGGCUUCGAAAGGGGUGAACGUCGUGGUGGACGCGGUGGAAAUGAUCGUAGGCCCGGCGAAGGGAGGCGGGAUCCUCCGGAAUAUGGGGCAAAUCGAAGUGAGAGUUUCCACCAUCAGCAAAAUCACGAGGAAGUACGCGAGAGUCGAGAUGUGAGCAGUGUCGAUCGAGCAGAUAGUCAAUCAUCGACAGAAGGCGGUGGUGUAAAUAAUCGACGACGACGCCGUCAGAAGAAUACGGCGCAUUCAAGUAAGCUGGCGAAUGGUAUUGGGGGUAAUAAGGCGAAUAGCUUGAAUGCUGGCUCAAUGAGUAGUUCGGUUGCUGGGGAGGGUACUGAGAAGACGCAGGUUGUCGCACAAGGUGGCAGUGGACAGGCUGCCAGUGGCACAAACAGUGCCCCAACUGGUAAUCCCAAUCCGAAAGGACAACGAGAGCCCCGAAAUCGCCGUGGUGGUGUUGGUGGGAGCAAGCAUCAAGGUAAGGGAGGAUCAAAUGCUACUGCAGCACCUAGUGCCGGUGGUGAUGAUCUCUCUGCAGCACCUGGUGCCAAAUCAGCUGCUCCAGAAUCCAAUCACAUUAUCAAUGGUGCAGCCUAAAAACAAGAAGAAAGAAAAACAUGACACACUCUCACAAAAUUACUCACCAACAAAAAAAAAAGAAGAAAAAAAUAUCCUCAAUACAAUUUUUUUGAUGGAAUGGGUGAGAAAAUUGAAAUGAGGAAAAGAGUGAAGAGAAAAAAAACAGAACACACGCAAGAGAAUUAAGAAGACCUUAUGCAUUAUGAAAAGGACGAUGAAUAAUCUAUCACAAACCAUAAAUAUUUCGACUUAAUGAAUUACCGAAUUUGAGACACUUUACCCGAUAUAUAAAAAAAAAACAAAACAAAAAAAUUGUUGUGUAAUGAAGAAGCAACAUAAUGCUAUGUAGACAUUUUUUCUUUAAAUUUUUGUUUUUUUUUUUGCAUAAAACAAAAAUCAGUGAGAGCCAGUAAAAUAAAAAAAAAAUUGUUUGGUUUGUUUCUAUUUAAUUUUUUUUCGUUUUGAGAAAAAAACCAAUUAAAACUCACAUAAAUUUUUUAUAGAAUAUUUAUAUUGAAAAAUUAUUAUUAUUAUUAAUAAAAAAAAAAUUGAAUAUGGCUCAAUUUGAAGAAGAAAUGCUUACAAGAAAUAUUAUUCAAAAUUAACAUAUAGAAAAUGAAAAAAAAAAUAUAUGAGAAAUAAAUAUUUCACAAAAAAUACAUCUUCUAAAUAUCAAAAGGAGAUGUUUAAAAAAAAUAAAUAAAAUAAAAAAAUAAACUGCAGCUAGCAGCUUGAAGUAGAAUGAAGAAAAGGUAAAUUUUUUUGUGUUUUUUUGAAAAUUUCAAAAAAGAAAGAAAUUGAAUAAAAAGCACAAAAUAUUAAAUUAUGAGAGAAAAAAAACAAGAACCAGCAAGAAUUUAAUUAACGUAGAAAAAAAAUCAAAGUGUUUCACGUAAUAUGAUCACCAAAAUUCGAAUGUUAGUAGUGUAUGCAAAAAUGAGAACAUGGUGUACACUUAAAAAAAAAAUUCUCCCCCUUUUUGUCAGUUAUAUAUUUAAAAAAAAAAAACAAAUUGGUUGUUUAUUCAUAUUUUUUCUGGGCUUGAAUAAUAAAUUAAAAAAAAAAUGAAUGAAAAAAAUAAAUAAAUAAACCUUCUGGACUAUGAAACAUCAAAUAAAAUAAGUAAAAAGAAUUAUUACACUCUAGUGAUGAAUGAAUUUUUAAAGUAAGUGAGCUUUUUGUACUACCGCCCUCCUUCCCUGUCUGCGGGACUUUUUCAAUUUCCUAAUCCCCAAAUGAGUUAAUAAUCAACAUUUUUUUUUGUUUUUCACAGUAUAUUUAAUGGAAUUUUUUUGAACUGAUAUAAUUACGGAUUAUAGAACUGUUUUUUUUUUUGUCAAAUCCUAGGGUUAUUGCUAUUAUUCGUAUAAUGAGAAGGAGAAAUGA